UUGAUUUGCGUCUUUACUUCGACACUUUCGCAUUCUGAAUACUUUAUACAUUAACAAGACUACGUACUUAAAUACUAAGUACAAUAAUAUUUAUUUAUAUAUAUUUAUCAUAUAUUUACUCACAAUAAUACCGAUCGUUGAACCCAAACUAAAAUUUAUUUUUUAAAUUAUUUAAUUUGAAUAAGUAGGCUGUACUUAAAAAUAUUAUUUGCUACUUAAUUGCGCGUAAAAUUUAUAUGUAAUUAUAUAUAUGAGUUUUAAUGACUUUUUAUUAUUUAGAAAUUUAAUUUUUUUAAAAAUACGGAUAAUAAACUCGGAAAAUCUUAGUGGCCAUAAGGAGUAUACGGUUAUGGUGGUAAUUAGAGAAAUGGCACGUGAUACCCGGAGCUAAACGAUAAUGAACGUACAAUUGAUAAAAUUGACAGCGUCGAGUAUUCUGUUAACUAUAUUCAUUCUAACGGGGAUCGUUAACUCGACAGACGUUGCUCUAGUUAAACCUACGACUAAAGAUCCUGUUUCAACGAGUUCAUCAGCCCUAAAACUCGAAGCAAGAUCCGAGCCGCUCGAUAAUAAUGACGACAAUAACAUCAAUCUCCAAGUAUCAAAUUCUACUAAAAUUUAUCCAGUCUACCCGAGAUCGAACGAUAAGUCUAAUCCAUCUGAUCAAAUUAUUAAUUUGAAUACCAAAGAUACUUAUCUGGAGGCACUGGAGCACUCGCACUCGAGUAAAGAUCCACGUGAAGGUCUUGUCAGAGUUGAUCCGAGGCCUAAGUACACGAAAUUAGUCCGCAGGACUUCUGAAGGCCCCGUUUAUCGUCCGGAGUAUGGGGCGCCCGAGUCAUCGGGUUACAGUUCGAAUUCGGAUUCGAAAACUGCUCGGAUAGCGUACGGAAGUAGUCAGGAGUAUCAGCCUCAGUCAUCAAAUGACUUGUAUUCAUUACCGGUUCAGCAAUCAACUAAUUUCAAUGAUCAGCAGAAUCAAUACGGUCCACCUGCGGUACCUCAAACUAAUUACGGCACUCCGAGUACUAGUUAUGGUGUACCUAGUACUAGUUAUGGUGUUCCUAGUACUAGUUAUGGUUCUCCGAGUACCAGUUAUGGGCCUGUGCAGCCACAAAAUUAUUAUGGCGCGCCAAGUAGUUAUUUACCAGCUAAAGGACCUACGCAAGGUGAGGCACGAGGUUAUGGAAAUGAAUGGAAUGGUUAUUCACUGCCACAACUCAUGCCAUCAAUCGAUUUCUCGUGGCCAUUUGCAUUGAAAUUAAAUGCAUUCACCAUAGCUAAAAUACUUUUGAAACUAGUUAUAUUUAAAAUGAUCGUUAAAUUUAUAGCUGUCAUAUGUUUAUUAUUAUUUAUACCAAAAUUAGAGAUGAAAAAGGAUGACAAUGACAAUGAUGAUGACGAAAGUCGUGUGUUUAAAUCCACAUCUGCCCUUGAGCGGCUUAAUUCACUUACGACUACUGUUUUAGAUUCAAUUGAUAAAUAUCAGUCAAUAAAUAACAAUGAUAAUAAAAUUAAAAAAUGUGAUAACUUAAAUUGUCGCGUGAAGAGAAUUUUAUUAGCAAAUGAGUCAUGGAGUGAUUACAUUAAUUUAUUUAAAAAUUACGUCGCUGAAGAAAAAUAUACCGGCAGUGAAGAAUUGCACAGUCAAAGUCAUACUGAUCGUAAUAAUAAUGAAACAUAAUUAAAUUAUUUAUUCUAAUUUUUAUUUAAAAACUGCCAUUUUAUUUAUUUAAUUUAUGUAUAAUAAAAAAAAUUAAAAAGGAAACUCGAUAUUAUUUUUUGGAUCAAUGGAAGUUUGCGAGUUUGGGGAAAUUAAGGGAAAAUUGUCGAGUAAUUCCCGUGACGUUGCGAGAAUGUGCUUAAUUGAGCUUUUUGGUGUUUGUAUAAAUUUGAUGGUAUGUGUAUUGGGAUUAGUUUUAGCAGUUUGCUGGGAUGUGAAAGCGUUUGAGAUUUUAGAGGGACCUAGAACAGUGACCUGGAGAACGAUAAGAAGAUCAAGGGGUAUUUAGCAAU